AUGAGCUGCUACAAACUGCCGGAGACUGUUUGUAAGGAGAUCGAAUCCAUGUUAGCCAAGUUUUGGUGGGGAUCCAAGGAAGGGGAGAGGAAGGUGCACUGGUUGAGAUGGGAAAAGAUGGUCACAGCCAAAGGAGCAGGAGGAAUGGGAUUCAAGGGCAUUAGCGAAUUUAAUACGAGUCUGUUAGGGAAGCAAUAUUGGAGAUUAUUAACGGUGCAGGAUUCGCUGUUGGGGAAAGUUUUAAAGAGCCGAUAUUUCCCCAAAGGAACCAUUGAAGACAGCAAGGUCUGUGUCAAUUCUAGUUCCGCUUGGCGUAAUAUCCUCAGUGCUUGA